AUGACAAGUAGAAUACAACAAAUAAGUCAACAAGCUAGAAAGGUGGCAGUAACCAACCAUUCACUUGUUACAAAAGAGGUACUUAGAUCGAAUGACUUGAAGCUCAUCCAUCAAUCACUAUCAAAGCUCAAUGAUUGGAUUAACAACCCUAAGAGUGACAUGAAGGACUUGGAGAAGACGGGUAUAUUCCCAGCGAUGUUUGAACUGUUGAAUCAUGAGGAUAUAGAACUGGUUAGGAGUGUUAUAUUGUCUUUGAAGUUGGUAUCACUAAAGGAUACACCAGUCAAUGAGAUAUUGCGAUCAUUGGAUGCAGUACAUCUUUUAGAGACAUUGUUAGAGACAUCUUAUGAUCCAGACAUUCUGAAUGACUCUGCGACCACCAUCGAAUGUCUGCGGCGAUGUGCACCCUAUAGUACGCGUCGUGUAGGACUUGGUCAGUACGACGAGAGCUCUGGCGCAUUCCAAUGGACACUUGAACUCAGACAGCUGCACUUUGACGAUGUGGGCGUAGCAUGGCGAGUAUGGGACGCUGGCAUUGGCUUUUGUCGUUGGAUACUGGAGAACCCUGACAUCUUCACUGGCAAGGACGUGUUGGAGCUUGGCUCUGGACUUGGUAUCGCUGGUCUGGCUGCAGGUCUGCUCGCCAAGUCAGUGCUCAUGACAGACUACACGCCAAAGAUUGUUAGAACGCUGCGCGACAAUGUCAAGAUCAACUCUAUCAAGGUACCAGCAAUCAGGAGCUCAUGUGAGGUGGCGCCACUCGAUUGGAAGAGAGAUAAAGUGCCCAAGGUACAUGGCUUUGAGGUGAUCAUUGGAACAGAGGUGGUCUACGAUGUCAACUUGGUGGAGGCAUUGGCCAGAGUUAUCCACAAGAGUCUCACGCGAAAGGGAACGUUCUAUGGCACAUGUGCCACAGUACGUCAGGGAAUCCCCGAGUUUAUCAAGUGCAUGGAGGACAAGUAUGGUUUCGAAGUCAAUGUCAGCGAGUUCCCCAAACGCUUCGUACCGGACACCAAGUUUGACACAUUGUUCCUCGUCUGCAAGAGGAAGCGUGACAUCCCAGUGGUGACCACUGAGGAGGACACUCAUGACGAGGACAACGAAGACAACGUCGGCGAUCACUCAACAGAGGAGUCUGUUGAUACUGAGUCCACAGCAGACACAACAACAACAACAACAACGACAACUACAAUAUAA